CUGGAGUCGAACAGCAAACAACAUUACUAGUAGACAUAGACAUAGCACAGCAGAACCCCCAAUAAAAUGGAAAUUUUCGGUCAGAAAGUAACAAAACUAGCACGAAAAAUGAAACGUGACUCGCGGCAGUCGCGGCUGCUCAUUCACGAACACGAGCACGCAUACAGCAGCAGCAACACCAGCCGCACCAUGGCGGGACUCGAGGACGACUCGGAGAUCCUCCUGCGCCCGGAGGGCAUCGAGGCGGACGUGGAGAACGCCCGCAAGGCCGUCGAGCGCAAGCUGAUUUACCUGUCGGAGUCGAACCGCGUGGCAGCACCAUCGCGGGCGGUUCGUCGCCAGGCACUGGAGGGCCGCAGCGGCAGCGGCGGCAAAGGACGCGGCGACGGGAAGCACACCAAGAAGCAUCUGUCGCAGGAGGCGGCAGGCAGUGGCGGCGGCGACAAGAUCCGUAGCCGCGGCAGUCACAACGUCCUCGAUUCGGACCGGCGCAACGGGCUGUCCAUCAGCGAUGAUCAGGAGGACAGCGAGAUGGAGUCACUGUCCCGCCGCUUGCAGGAUGUGGUGCUGGAGGCCGAGCAGGCGGAGCGCCGCCUGAGCGGCGUCUAUGGGCGCCAGCAGAUGAGCCCGAAGGCCAGUGGUGGCUUCACGUGCGGCGUGUGCGGGGCCAAGUUCCAGAUCAAGUCGCUGCUCGGCGCCCACCGUCGCACCCACGACGAGGACUUUUCCGUGCGCUUCCGCUCCCACCGUCCCCGUGGCAGCAACACGACCCUGACCAGCGGCCACCUGUGCAAGUACUGCGACCGCAAGUUCGACCUCGAGCGCACGCUGCACAUCCACCAGCUGUGCCACUGCAAGAAGAUAUCGCCCCAGCUGCGCCGCAAGCUGCCCUACACGGAGCUGUUGCACGAGAAGAAGGCGCCGCUGCACGAUCAGCGGCUGUAG